GCAACGCGGACUACUUUUCCGCGCAGACUACAAGUUCCAGAGUGCCCCGCGGGCCGGGAGGGCAUGUGGGACGGCGUCUUUAGGACCGGAUUGAGGCAAGAUGGCGGGCAUGCGGAAUGAAAGUCCAUGUGUGUAGAAGCAGAUUUUAGAGGCAGUUUCUCUUCCAAACAUCUUUUUCCAUAUCACUUGAUGAAGAUCUUGAUGCACCAUGGUGGUGGCAGCAGUAAAAUGGGUGAUCUCAAACAGAACUAUCUUGAAGCAUUUAUUUCCAAUCCAAAAUGGAACUUUGUCUUGCAUUUGUCGUAAAUCUACGCAUUCUUCUCUUCCAGAUGAUUAUAACUGCAAAGUAGAGCUCGCUUUGACAUCUGAUGGCAGGACAGUAGUGUGCUACCACCCUUCUGUGGAUAUUCCAUAUGAACACACGAAACCUAUCCCUCGACCAGAUCCUUGGCAUAAUAAUGAAGAAACACAUGAUCAAGUGCUGAAGACCAGAUUAGAAGAAAAAAGUGAACGCCUUGAGCAAGGACCCAUGAUAGAACAGCUGAGCAAAAUGUUCUUCACCACAAAGCACCGCUGGUACCCUCAUGGACAGUAUCACAGACGUCGCAAGAAACCGAACCCUCCAAAAGACAGAUGAUGGUACUGAGAUUCCUGAGAGAAUCAAAGUGUUGGCCUGUGUCUCAUUUGACAAUUGAGAAAACGCAGCCUGGUGUGUUUGCUAAGAUGUUAUAUAGUAAAAUAAUAAUAAAAAUGUCUUUUCAUAUAUUAAAA